AUGAAGUUGUACGGUUGGCCUCAAGUUUUUGCUGUCAUAUAUGCGCCGCUAAUUUCAAUUGGAAUAUUCGGCAACAUCCUGUCCUUCUACAUCUUCCGGAAAAUGAAAAAAUCUGCAAUUUCCCUUCUACUCAGUGCUCUGUCCCUUUGUGACCUUCUUCUUUUGUUUUUUGCACUUCCUCUCUCCUGCCUCUGCAUGUUACCAAUUGGAAACAUGAGAACCUCUCACUCUAUACAAAGUUUGAUGCUUAUCUACUCAACCAAGUAUCUGUAUCCCCCAUUGGUCGCCGCCAAAACUGCCAGCCUAUACAUUUUGGGAGCCAUUACCAUCGAGCGCUGGUUUGCUGUCUUCAAACCUCUACAGCAAGAAAAAGACCAAAACACCACUAAAAUGCUCCUUCAUGUGACUGUAUUUUUUGGUUUAUGCCACUUUUUUGGCGUUGCUGUUAAAGUUGCCGAAUGUAUUUUUGAUCGACAAACUACAGAAAAUGCACUCUUGCUGUACAUGCACUAG